CAUCAGUGCGCCGUCCAGCUUCCGGCUCCUCACACGCGAAUUCGACGGCGUCAAUGCAUCUUCUCGCCCUCCUGACUGGGAUCAUCCUGCUGCAUGCCACGGUCAACGGCAGCCCGCAGCCCAGCGCCCCGUCCCCGACGGGGUCCUCGUCCUCGUCCUUCCCCACGACGACCAAGUACCCGCUCCCCAACCUCGGGAACGUGGCCGUCCACGACCCGAACAUCCUGCACCACGCGGGGGCCUACUGGCUCUUCAAGGGCGGCGUGCACCUCCCAAUGUACACGGCGGCGUCGCUGGCCGGGCCGUGGACGCCGCUCGGCACCGUGCUCGACGGGCCCAGCGCCAUCCCCAAACAAAACCGCAGUCGGCCCUGGGCGCCGACCGCCGUCGCGUGGAACGCCACGUUCUACUGCUUCUAUUCGAUCAGCAAAGCCGGCAGCCGCAACAGCGCCAUCGGGGUGGCGACCGCCACACAGCUAGACCCUGGCAGCUGGUCGGACCACGGGGCCCUCAUCAACACAGGCCAGGGCAACGGCUCGGACAUCUACCCGUACACGGUCUCGAACGCCAUCGACCCCGCCUUCAUCACCGACCAGUCCACCGGCCAGCCCUACCUGCUCUACGGCAGCUACUGGCACGGCAUCUACUUGGUGCCGCUGGCUGCGGACUUGCUCUCAGUCACGGAGCCGGAGCGCCAGAAUACGACGACGAAUCUGGUGUACGUGCCCGAGGAGAAGGUGAAGCCGGUCGAGGGGUCGUUCAUGAGCUACCGCGACCCGUACUAUUAUGCUUGGUUCAGUCAUGGCAAAUGCUGUGGAUUCCAGACCGGGUUUCCGGCCGCCGGGAAGGAGUAUAGCAUCCGGGUGGGACGGUCGAAGGAUGUCCGGGGCCCGUUUGUGGAUCAGGAUGGGCGGCAGCUGACGGCCGGCGGCGGGACGGUGGUCUACGGCUCGAACCACGGGACCGUGUAUGCGCCGGGCGGCGUCGGGGUUCUGUCUGGCGCCGAGGGGGAUCCCGAUGUUCUGUACUAUCAUUACCUCAAUACCUCGAUUGGGUUCGCGGAUACCGAUGCGCAGUUGGGAUGGAACUUCCUUCACUACGAGGACGGGUGGCCCGUCGCGGUCUCUGGCGAUAACAGCACCGGCACGAGCGAAAGCAGCGGCGUCGUGGUGGGACCGGAUUAUACGCUGCAUGUUGGCUCGUUCAUUUUCGUCUGGGGAUGCCUCUGGCUCCAUAGCUGAAAGCUAUGCUGUGUGACUUGGGGAAUUUACUUCUCGGCACCCACGUUAACGAGACGGACGAUAUGACACGAUAACCCAUUUUAUUAGACUUGAGGCCUGGCGUCUCAUAUGCACGUUGUUUACUGGAGUCGGACACACUGUACUGUACAUACUCG